GUAGUAAAGCAGUUGAAGAGAGAAGCAACUGAAAGAAGAUCAAACAAAAGCAAAGAUUUUACCAAUCCUGUUUAAUCAUCUAAAAGAAUGAACGACAGUCCACACAAAGAGAAACCACAGAAAUUAGCUGCAACAGAAGCAACUCGUUUCGAUGAAUCUCACAAUUCGACGAGCCGUAUUUCCACGCAACAGGAAGUAAUUAGAGAUUCACAGUCGAUUACAUUGCGGGCUACAAGUACAGACGAGGAUGAAGAUGUUUCGAAGAAAAAAGAUAGGCCCGAGCAGUUGACUCAAAGACUCUCGAGGGCUGAAACUGUCAGACAGGAUGCCAGAAAAUUGAAGACUGCCACGCUUAAUAGAAUGGGGAAAAUGUUUAAGCAACGUUCUCAGACACCUGUCACGGAUAAAUCACCCCAUGUCAACAGCGAUACGAAUCCAAUUAAAUCUAUAGAAUGCUCUAGCGAGGAGACAUCGAAAAAAGAGAAGAGCAACUCUUUAGGCAGGAUGCUAAAGCUUGUGGAUAAAGACGGCACGUCUAAAAAAAUAUUUCACCCUCGAGCAGGAUCGUUGAGUCGCAUUCUGCGUCGGAAUCCUAAUCACGAGAAUAACGAAGACAAAAAGCCCGAAGAAAACUCACCGGGGAUUUUCUCGAGAAUGCUGAGUCAGUUAAGAGGAAAGUAAAAAAAAAAAAAAAAAAGAAAGAAAGAAAGAAAGAAAGAAAGGGACUGCAAACAACACUUCACAUUUAACACUUCAUAUCUCUUCCUUCUAACUUCUACUUUCGAACAAAUUUUUGUCAUUUACACAAAAGGAUGAUAUAAUUAUUAGUUAGAUUAAAAAAUAAUGAAAUUAUUACGAAAAAAAGAAGGAAAAAAUGGAAUAGAAAUUGCAAUUCUCAAAGUGGAUAAAAAUUUGAUAUUCUUAAUAACCAUCAUGUUUAAUUUUUUCCAUAUUAUUUUUAAAAAGAAAUACCGAACGAUACGAUAUUAAAUUUUCUAGAAAUGGAUAUUCUUUUCUAUAAAAAAUUGUAAAAUACAUUCUACAUAAAUAGCAAAUCUAUUUAAAAAUAUUCAUUUUUGUAUUUGAUAACUUUACGAAAAUUGUUUUUUUGCUUCAUUUAUUAUGCGAGUAAAAAAAAGAAAAAUUCCUUUUCUUUAUCAUAUCAAAGUAAAAUAUCUUGCUCAAAGGAUAACAAUAAACUGAUCUCGUUUCAAGAACUAUAUAUUAUUAUUAUUUAAUUUUCACGACUGAAAUACAUACGUUACCGUUAAUGAAAAAUUAAUGAAUAUGAAAGUAUAAAUUAUUUAUCCAUUAAAAUUUUCUCCUUGUUCAAUUUUAUUUAAAUUCAGAUUGAUCCGUUAUUCUUUUUACCAACUGUAGAUAACAAACAUACGAAAUGGAUUUUCAUUAAAUUUUAUUAUCUAUUCGUUAUUUUGAUUUUAGUAUUUUAAUAUUUAGGUCGUCCACAUAGUGGUAACGCCACACUCGAACCAAAUCUGAAGAUGCGCAACAAAAAUUCGUUACCUCCAAAGGCGCCAUUGAAUACAAGAACGACUAACAAUGUACCUUCGUCAACUUCCGCUUCAUCGCCUCAGACACAGGCUGCGGGAUCGCCCCAGAAAUAUUCCACUUUCGAAUAUUCGAUUUAAGCCGAUUAACCUCCAAAAUAGCGAUUUUGUAAUAAAAUUAAAAAUAAUAAACUGUCUGAUUAUAAAAAUCACAAUCGUUGCGGAUAAAAUGGUUAAUUUUUAAAAUUCAAAUUCAACUUUUUCCAAUAAUUCAAUAAGUUUUGAAUGAUUUUAUGAUAUAUUGGCCAUUUAACGUGCAACAAAUAUAACAUUUGUAUUUUAUUAUAAUAUUGUAUUUAAUUAUUCGAAUAUUUUCGAACUGGUUCAACCGCGCUCGUGAUAAAAUUUCUUCUCUUCUGCCAGAUAUAAAUAAAAUAAAUAACGAAAAGAAGAGGUAUCCAAUGUAUUAAAAAAAAAAAAAAAAGAAAAAGAAAGAAACGGAGCGCGCAUACGUGUAGAAUAAUUUCGUAGAAAUGACGCAUGGAAAUCGUAUCAAUCUCACGUGCGAUAUUGAUAUAUUGCUGUAUCGAAAUACGUCCAACGUUGAGAACAAAUUAAAAAAAAAAAAAAAAAAAAGUUUCAAUUCGAUUACGUUUCAACGUAUGUAUUGUCUAUAUACACUAAAAGAAAAACAAUAACAGUUUCGCGUAAAAUUUACAUUAUUUCACGACGAAUCCAUGUCUCUAAAUCGAUACUUUCAUUUAGCUAUGUAACGAUAAUUUCCUUUCAAAAUUCCUUUGAAAAUAUUUUACGCAUAUUUUAUCGAUGAAUCGAUCAUUAUUAUUAUUAUUAUUAAUAUUAUUUUAAUACAAUUUAAUAAAAAUUAAUAAAAUAAAACGAACUCGUUUUUUUCAUUGGAGUUUUCUCGAUCAAAAUAAAGAAAUGCAUGAAAAGGAUGAUGUUUUUUUUUUUUUUUUUACUUGGAAGAACCAUGUUUAUUACGUACGUAUAUUUCGUCUUUCUUUCUUUUUUUUUUUUUUUUAUUUUCGACGAGACAACCCGUGUCCCUUCGUGCUGUACAAUUUUUUUCUUUUCUCCUCUCGCUUACAUUAAUUACUCUCUUUAUGAUUAGCAUUAAACGACAAAAGUAUCAUAUUGGGAUGAUUUUGCGAAUUUUAACGAACGAUCGGUCGGAUGAUGAUUCGCAAAAUCAUUCCAAAUGAUUCUGGUUGUUCAGACAGUUGAGUAAAAAAAAAAAAAUUGCAUAUUUACAAAAGAAAAAAAAAAGAGAUGGAAACAGUAGACUUACAAACGGCAUACAUGAUUUCUCUUUUCGCGCACGCAAAUCUCAGCGUUAUUGCUCGUCGUGGAAAUAUACAUACACGUGUAUAUAUAUAUAUGUGUGUGUAGCUCGGUACAUGCUCGAUCAAAACCUGCGAAACUUGAAAUAUUUAAAUAUUUCUGCACACGAUUAAAAAAAAAUUUUACACGCAUAAAACGAAUAAAAUGUAACCGUUUUGAUCCAAUCCUUCCUUUUUUCCUCCCUCUUUCUCCUUAUUAAAUAGAUUUAGACGUAAUGAUAUUUAUAAAAAUACGCAUCGUGAUAAAAUACGCACAUCGUCACAUCACCUUCCAAGAUAAACGAAGAUAUUAUCUACUCGAAAAUAAUAUUUUUCACUUUCUUUUUUUUUUUCUUUUCUUUUCUUUGUUCUCUUUAUCUAUUUAUCUAUCUAUAAAUCUAUCGUGAAAGGAAUCGUUUCUGAAGUGAAAUAAAUCGUUGUUGUCAAUUUGAAUUUGUGUUUCGGUAUUGCCCAGUUAAAUAUCGCAGACGUCAAGCACACCCCAUCUAUCGAUUAACCAGUGUCUAACGAUUUGUGCGCGCCGUUUAAAAAAUAUAAACGUACAUAUUUUUCUCCAUCCUAUCAUCUAUUACUAUUUACAUCGAAUCGGGCGACAAUGCGCGGGAUUCAUAGGUGUUUCAACGAUCGUUCGAUUUAUCGUACAAUUGUUCUUGUGAUGAUUUCUUUUUUCCUUUUUUUUUUUUUUUUUUUUUCAUUUCACGCCUUUAUUACGUUUCGGGAUUUUGAUCCUCCAAAUGAUCCAGUGAAAAAAAAAAAAAAAGAAAAAGAAAGAAAGAAAAAAGUAGUAAUUGGCACGAACCCACACUCGAUAUCGAAAAAACCUUUACUAUUAAUCAUCCAUUUGGUUGUACCUCAUCCUGUCUCUUCAAUUUCCCAUACUCGCUCCAACAAUAUUGAUUUAUCACAGAAUAACGCAUUCAUUACACUAAUGACAACGCAAUUUUCGCAUCGUAUAUCUUCGUGCUCGAUUCUUUUUAAUACAUACAUGUAUAUAUAUAUUGUAAUAAAUGGAUUUCUCCGGAUAUUUAUCAAAUGUCAAAGUAAAUUUAACAUUUUCAUCGAACUUCGUACAUACGUUAAAAUCGAGCACAGUGCAAAUGAGAUUCCAAUUCACUCCAAUCCAUUUGAUGCAAUGACCUACGCACACCUCGUCUUUGCAUUUUUCGACAGUUUCAAGUUCAUUCUGGAAAUAAUUCGUGUUCGAGAUAUUUAACCGUGUUUGUUCUAAAAAAAAAAAAGAAUCCUUAUUUUUCUUAAAUUGUGCGCGAUAAAUUUUGCCCUUUUUCGAAAAGAAAUCUCUUUCGUACGACAUUUUCAUUUUCACGUUAUCCAUAUUUCUCAAAACGAGGCAAUAUUCGAUCGAGAAAAUUUGGCAAAAUUUAUCCGACAAUUUAAAUUAUUUUUAUACCCUUCGUACGUAUGAAAAGCUGCAAUGACAUCGAAUGCCUUAACAUAGAGUAAUUCAGAUCAUAUUAUACAGAUCUUUUUUUUUUCCUUUUUACAAUUACGUUAUGAUAUGAUCGUGGUAUAUGUAUACAGAAGCACACAUUUACACAGACGAUGAUCGUAAAUAUGACAAUCCGAGCGGGUGUUUGAUUGGGCGAUUCACGAUGAAUCUGGUGAAUCUGAUUCGAUGAAAGCGACAUUUAUUUUUUGGGAUUUGUUAAUUGCUGACCAACCGUGUUUAACGUGUUCUUUUUUUUCUUUUUUUUUUUUUUUUUUACAAGCAAUACAACGUCACUUCAAUCGAGGAGUUACGCUCGCGAUAAUAAUUUGAUUAGAAAAUAUAUAGGAUCAUUUCUUAAAUAAAUUCGAUGAUUAUUUUCAUUAUUGUUAUUAUUAUUAUUUAUGUACAAAUAAUUUAAAAACUGUCGAUCUUUUAGUUACACUUUUAGUUUCAAUGGAACAUUUUCAUGGAAAUUGAAUAUUAAUGAGAUUGCAAAAAUUAUCUCCCUUUAUUAUUUAUUUAGUUAUCACAUUAAUUUAUUAUUGAUUUCUUAUGCGCAUAAAACUAUUUUUAGAGUCGCGUUAAUGAUUUUUAGUAUAAUGCAAUAAUUAUAGUAUUGGAUUGAUGUGAAAUUUUGUGAAACUGGAACAAGCUCUAGAAAAGAGAAGACGAAAAAUAUUAUAUUAAGGAAAAAAUGAAACUUAACAAGUUAGUUUAUAAAAAUAUAAGAAAUUACUUUCAAUACGAUCCGGGAAAUUUCACUGAAAAGCAAACAAAUAAUCGUCGUACAUCGAUAUCGUUAUCGAUCGAUGUAAAAGUAAUCGACUUUUAAUAAAAGUAUCCAAGUACUUUUUCUAUUAAAAAAAAAAAAAAAAGAAAAAAAAA